AUGAAGGCCCUAGUAAAAGACUCACCAAAACUGUGUUCCAAUUUUCAGUUGAUCGUGGCAGUCCUGUUCGCCUUUGGCGCCGCUGUGCCGCGCCAGCGUCGCGAAGCAAUUUGGGGUGGUUAUCAUGGAGGUUACGGGGGCGCUUAUCAAGGAGGCUACGGGGGUCACCUCGGCUACGCACACGGCGUAGCACUCGCUGGACCAGCUCUGGGACCAACUAGCGUUGCUGGUCCCCACGUGGGAGGCGCCUCGUUGGCUGGCCCAUCGAUAGGCCCAGCCAAGCUGUCAGGCGCUGUUGCUGGACCUGUGCAAGUCUCCGGUGCUGUUGCUGGCUCUGCUGUUGUCACUUCGUCCGUCGCUGGCCCUGCUCACGUUGAAGGAUACGACGGACCCUACGAUGGACGAGGCGGAUUCGGUUACGCAGCUCCUGCUUAUAGUUACUCUGGCUAUCCAGGGUACGCAGGAUACGGUGGAUACGCAGGAUACGGAGGACAUGGAGCAGUGUACGCAGGACCAGCGUCCCACGGAGCUGUGCUCGCAGGACCAGCGUCCCACGGAGUAGUCCUUGCCGGACCAGCGUCCCACGGAGCUGUUCUUUCCGGACCAGCGACCCACGGAGCUGUCCUUUCCGGUCCUCACGCAGGAAACGCCGCUGUAUCUGGUCCCAGUGCUGGAUCUGUGGUGAUCGCUGGACCCUCUGGGAAGAUCACUGCCCACGGCACUGGCCACGGUGGCAUACACACUGGCCACUGGUAAUGGACGUGAGCUGUCGAGAAAAAUAAGUUUCUGAAUAUCUCUCGGUUAACAUCGUCGAUUUACAAGGUCGGUCGCCCUUUCACGAACUCAAGGUGCUAAAUUCAUGGUUGCUAGUGUUUCACGACGAUCCCCGCUACGCGAUAACAAUAAUAAAACAAUAUAUUUUCAUGCUAUUUUCUUAACCCUUUCGGAGCUUUGACAUUUCGGACAAAUCGAAAGUAUACUGUUCGAAAGUAUACCGUAGAAUGGUCCUUGCAUGGUUUUAUAUGUGUGCAUGUCACAAAACUGCAUUAAGUUUAGAUUCUUUUUAGUAAAUUCAUCUGACAAUUAAUUAAUGAAAUAGCUUAUAGAAGUUAGAACAGUGACGUUUUAAAAAUGCGACUUGCACACAGUUUGAGUUUUGGGUCCAAGAGCUAGAAAUUAAUUAAUACCUUGCGUAUGCGCAAGUGUAUUGCACACGAAAAGUUGUGAACUUUGAAAUAUGUACAAUG